AGGGAGGCUGUCACUCAGGUGGCGGUGGCUGAGGCCGGGUUAAGACGUGGCCUGAGAAACGCGGCUGGACGUCCUGACCGUCGGGGCGGCGGCUGGGGUCCCUAGCACGUCCUCGCCCUGGUCCGGGGCUCCGAGCGGCGGGAGAGGCGGGCGCCGGCGGCUGCACCUCCAUGCCCGCGCGCGGGGCGGGCCGCUGAUGGAGCGCGCCGCCCGCCCGGGGUCGCUGGCACGGGCGCUGCUGCUGCUGCUGCUGCUGCUGCUGCUGCUACUGCCACCGCUACAGCUGGGGCUCGUGACGGGGACGGUGGCCGCGCGGCGCGCUUCCGACUUCCCCGCAUCGACAGUGGAGGCGGCGUUCGGCCUGGGGGCCGCGGCCGCUCCAACGUCGGCCGUGCGGGUGCAGGCGGCGGGCGCCGUGACUGCGGCGGAGGUGACUGUGGAGGACGCCGAGGCGCUGCCGGCGGCCGCGGGGGAGCAGGAGCCGCGGGAGCCGGAACCGGACGACGAGGCCGAUCUUCGGCCGUGCCGCAGAUCCUUAGUGAUUAUCAGCACUUUAGAUGGCCGAAUUGCUGCCUUGGAUCCUGAGAACCAUGGUCAAAAGCAGUGGGAUUUGGACGUGGGAUCCGGUUCCUUGGUGUCAUCCAGCCUUAGCAAACCGGAGGUAUUUGGAAAUAAGAUGAUCAUUCCUUCCCUGGAUGGAGACCUCUUCCAGUGGGACCGGGACCGUGAGAGCAUGGAAACAGUUCCGUUUACAGUUGAAUCGCUUCUUGAAUCUUCUUAUAAAUUUGGAGAUGAUGUUGUCUUGGUUGGAGGAAAGUCUCUCACUACAUAUGGACUCAGUGCAUAUAGCGGAAAGUUUGAGCCUAUCGUAAGAGGAUGCAAGAGGCAAGUUUGUACUCAUUUUACAGAUGAGAAAACCAAGACUUUCAAAGGUUCGGAAACUGCCAAGGUGAGGUACAUCUGUUCAGCUUUGGGUUGUCGCCAAUGGGAUAAUGAUGAAAUGGAACAAGAAGAAGAUAUCCUGCUUCUGCAGCGCACCCAGAAAACCGUUAGAGCCGUCGGCCCUCGUAGUGGCAGUGAGAAGUGGAAUUUCAGUGUUGGCCACUUUGAACUUCGGUAUAUUCCAGACAUGGAAACUAGAGCCGGAUUUAUUGAAAGCACCUUAAAGCCCAGUGGAAACAAAGAACAGCCUAAAAUUAUUUCAGACGUGGAAGAACAGGAAGCUGCCGUGAGGGACACAGUGAUAAAGGUCUCCGUUGCUGAUUGGAAAGUUAUGGCCUUUAGUAAGAAAGGAGGACGUCUGGAGUGGGAAUACCAGUUUUGUACUCCCAUUGCAUCUGCCUGGUUGGUUAAGGACGGCAAAGUCAUUCCCAUCAGUCUUUUUGAUGAUACAAGUUACACCACUAAUGACGGAGUUUUAGAGGAUGAAGAAGACAUCGUAGAAGCCGCCCGAGGAGCCACAGAAAACAGUGUUUACUUGGGAAUGUACAGAGGCCAGCUGUAUCUGCAGUCAUCAGUCAGAAUUUCAGAAAAGUUUCCUACGAGUCCCAAGGCCUUGGAAUCUGUCAACAGUGAAAAUGCAAUUAUUCCUUUGCCAACAAUCAAAUGGAAACCCUUAAUUCAUUCUCCUUCCAGAACUCCUGUCUUGGUGGGGUCUGAUGAAUUUGACAAAUGUCUUAGUAAUGAUAAGUUUUCUCACGAAGAGUACAGUAAUGGUGCGCUUUCAAUCUUGCAGUAUCCAUAUGAUAAUGGUUAUUACCUGCCAUACUACAAGAGGGAAAGGAACAAACGGAGCACACAGAUCACAGUCCGAUUUCUCGACAACCCGAAUUACAGCAAGAGUAUCCGCAAAAAGGAUCCCGUUCUCCUCUUACACUGGUGGAAAGAAAUAGUUGGAACCAUUCUGUUUUGUAUCGUAGCAACAACUUUCAUUGUGCGCAGACUCUUCCAUCCUCAUCCUCACAGACAAAGGAAAGAAUCUGAAACUCAGUGUCAAACUGAAAAUAAAUAUGAUUCUGUCAGUGGAGAAGCUAAUGACAGUAGCCGGAAUGACAUAAAAAAUUCUGGAUAUGUAUCACGCUAUCUAACAGAUUUUGAACCAAUUCAGUGCAUGGGUCGUGGAGGGUUUGGAGUUGUCUUUGAAGCUAGAAACAAAGUUGAUGACUGCAAUUAUGCUAUCAAGAGAAUCCGUCUCCCCAACAGGGAAUUAGCUCGGGAAAAGGUCAUGCGAGAAGUUAAAGCCUUAGCCAAGCUUGAACACCCAGGAAUUGUUAGAUAUUUCAAUGCUUGGUUGGAAGCACCACCAGAGAAGUGGCAAGAGAAAAUGGAUGAAAUUUGGCUGAAAGAUGAAAGCACAGACUGGCCGCUCACCUCUCCUAGUCCCGCGGAUGCGCCGUCCGUUAAAAUAUGCAGAAUGGAUCCUUUCUCUACAAAGGAACGCAUUGAAAUCAUAGCCCCUUCUCCAAGAAGCAGUAGGUCUUUUUCGGUCGGGAUUUCCUGUGGCCAGACAGGUUCAUCCAAGAGCCAGUUCUCUCCACUGGAAUUUUCCGGAAUGGACCACAGAGACACGAGUGAGUCGGUGGACGCGGUGUGCAACCUCCAGGACAGCUGCAUUACAGACUGCGAGGGGGAAGACGGUACUAGGGAUGGCAAUGAUGAGGGACACUCUUUUGAACUUUGUCCUUCUGAAGCUUCCCCUUACGUAAGGUCAAGGGAGCGAACCUCCUCUUCUAUAGUAUUUGAAGAUUCCGGCUGUGAUAACGCAUCCAGCAAAGAGCCCAAAACGAACCGACCGCCUGUGGGCAACCAUUGUGCUGAUAAACUAACUGCAGUCCAGCAUUCCAGUAGCAAGUCUUCCUCGGAACCUACUUUGUCUAUUUCUCCUUCAAGACCAACCACUUUAAGUUUAGAUCUCACUAAAAACUCUGUGGAAAAACUCCAACCCAGUUCACCAAAGGUGUAUCUUUACAUCCAGAUGCAGCUGUGCAGAAAGGAAAACCUCAAAGACUGGUUGAACAGCCGCUGCACCAUUGAGGAAAGAGAGAGGAGCGUGUGUCUGCACAUCUUCCUGCAGAUCGCGGAGGCGGUGGAGUUUCUGCACGGCAAAGGGCUCAUGCACAGGGACCUCAAGCCUUCCAACAUAUUCUUUACAAUGGAUGAUGUGGUCAAGGUUGGAGACUUUGGAUUGGUGACUGCAAUGGACCAGGAUGAAGAAGACCAGCUGGUUCUGACCCCAAUGCCAGGGUACGCCAGACACACAGGACAAGUGGGGACCAAGCUGUAUAUGAGCCCAGAACAGAUUCAUGGCAACAACUACUCUCAUAAAGUGGACAUCUUUUCUUUAGGCCUCAUUCUAUUUGAAUUGCUGUACCCAUUCGGCACUCAUAUGGAGAGGGUCAGGAUCUUAACUGAUGUAAGAGAUCUCAAAUUUCCACCACUAUUUACUCAGAAAUAUCCUCGUGAGUAUGUAAUGGUGCAAGACAUGCUCUCCCCAUCCCCUACGGACCGGCCUGAAGCUGCAAACAUUAUUGAAAAUGCUAUAUUCGAGGACUUGGAGUUUCCAGGAAAAACAGUUCUCAGACAGAGGUCUCGCUCCAUGAGCUCAUCAGGAACAAAACAGUCAAGACACUCCAGCAGCUCCCACAGCCCUUUGCCAAGCAAUUAGCCUUAAGCUCUGCUCGCCUCCCUAACAGGUGACACGGAAUAGCCCACUUCGAAGGAUCGUUGAUUUUUCCAAAAUCGUGACCUUGAAAAUUUCGUUCUUUACUCGAUUUCAUUUUGGACUACUUUUCGUAAAUCAAAGUUAAACUGGAUGUUGGAGCUCAGACCUUUGAGCCAACUCUUGAUUUUUGCUCUGCUCAAGGAGAGGGCUGUCACUAAAUCACACGUGGUCCUUUUCCUUCGUUGGUCUCUUGAAAUCGGCUGGCCAAGCAUCGUAGCCCUCACGUUUUGUCUAAGGAGGUGGAAGCAACCCCUAAAAUGUAUAGAGAGAAUUAUAAAAUGGAAAUAUUUUUGUAGUACAGAAAAAUGAAAGUCCCUACAUGUAGUAACUAUACUGUUCUAGAAAUACACUUUCUAGAGAGAACAGUGGUGAUUUUGAAACUGAUUUCCAAAAAAGCUGACUCCAUUUUUGUCCCUGGUGGGUAAAAGGAAUCUGCAUUAUUUUGGAGGACAGGUGGCACAAAUUGUAUAGUGGUUUAUGUCCAUAGCUAGUUUUCUAGUGACGUUUGUAGCAUUAAAUAGCUUUAUUCCUUAGAUGGUUCUAGGGAGCGUUUAAGAGCUUUUUGUACUUUUACCUCCAGUAAAGGGAAAAUGAAGCUUUUUGUGUAAAUUGGUCAAAAGUUCUGGUUUGGGGAGGAAAAAAGCCGUAGUAAGAAAUGAAUCCUAUAUUACAACUAACUUCUUCAAUUAUGGACUUUUAAAAUCUAACGAAAUCUUAAGUGUCUUAAAUAUAAUACUGUAGGUUGGUUUUUUUCCCAAAACUGACUGUAGAUAACAGUUUAAUCAUCUAACUUGCUAACAUGUUUUUAUUUUCCACUGUAAAUAUGUUUAUUUUUUAUUUAUAAAAAUUCUGAACUCAAUCCAUUUGGGUUGGUGGUGUAUAGAACGCACUUAAGUGUGUUAACUAUUGUGACUUCUUUCAAGUCUAAAUGAUUUAAUAAAACUUUAAAAAAUGA